GUGAAUGGAAGUUGCCCGUCUCCUACAACUACCGUCGUCAUCUAUAUUCUUGGCAUCGAAAAAUUUCUGUGCAAGCAACUUUUGUUCCUUGCAAAUUCCUUUUCAUGGGUGCCCAGAUUUUAAGAUCUCGCAGUUGAGUUCCAUCGCCUUUCAAAACUUGAUCGUUUGUUUGAUAUUUUUCUCUAAUUUGUAAUCUAAGUUCUUUAAUUGAUUGGAUCUGUUACUUUUGUCUUGCUGAAGAGUUGUGGUAUUCCAAGGCUCGAAAUUAUAGCGGUUUGAAUUGGGUUGACUCCAUCGAAUUCUUCAGAUUUAAAGUGGGUUUGUGAAAAUUGUUUCAUUUUGGGCACUGUAUUUUGAAAUCUUUGAUUUUGUAGGGUUUGUAAAAACUCUUUUCUUCCUUGUGCAAACUUUGUAAUCAUUAAUUUCGAUGGGUUUGUGGGGGCUUCGCUUUUCUUCAAGUAUUCUGUCUUUUGCUUUGAGAUCUCGGUGUCUGAGGGUUUGGGCAGCUUCGUCUUUCCUUGUUUCGGUUGUGUUGCUUUAACAAUCAGGAUUUGUUUACAAUUUGUGAGAAUUGGAUAGAUUUUUCAGGGUAUCUGUGCUUUGCUUGUAUUGCGAUCUUAUUAUUUGCCUUGGGAUUCGUUGUUUUUGUUGUCGAUUGUUGUUUCUUCUUUCGCUCUUGCUUUUCUCGGUCUUUAAUUCGGUGAAUUUGUAUUAAUCUUCCUUAGAAGAAUCGAACAAUUAACCAAAAUUUAACGGAAUUCUUAUCCCGAGGUUUACAGAAUGGAGGCAUAUGUUUUCUAGCCAGAUUGUUGAUAAAGUGUUGCUCAGUUUUUGGAUUGUUGAAGUGCAAAAUUUUAUUUUUUGAACUUCAUCGGGCGAAGAGCUUUUUACUCUGACGUAAUCUGGAAUCAAAAUUUGCAUUCGCGGACGUCUCAUAUAAGAUCUCUCUUUAUUCAAGAGUUUGGAAUGAUAAAAGGAUUCAACACAGCUGUUUUUCAGAUAGAUUCAUCAAAAAGGGUUUGCACUGCUUAAAUUUCUCUAAUUAUUUUGGUUUGCUGCUUGAAUUUUUAUAAAUCCGGGAAGAAAUCAUCCUUCUUUUCAGUUAAUGCGUCACCUGCAGUUAAUCUAUUCCGUGGAGGAUUUUAGCCACAAUUUUACAAAAUUGGGGAAUCUUUUGACAAAGGAUUUGCAUUAAAAAUGUUGAGAACUCGGGAUCUCUCCCCCUAUGACGAUUCUGUGAAGAAAAUCCACCGUGCUGCUACAGAUCUGCGCGAGUUACUGGAUGUGCAGGCUUCAAUUGGCGGAAGGAGGUUUGAAUCCCAUGCAAAUCAUCAUUCAAGUAAAAGGAAAUUGGUUACUCAGAAGGUAGGGAUAGACAGCAAGGAUUAUGUCAAGCCUGUCUUGAAGAGAAAGCAUGUAUCAGUCGAUGAGAGAACGGUGGUAGAGGAUAUUAUGUCCUACAUGAACCGUGCAUCAAAGAAGCAGAACUUACCCACAGCUUCUGUAGACAAAAGUGCUGCUGUUCGAUUGCCAUCACAUCGGAGAAUUUUGAGAGUCUCAGGAUCUGGAGAUUCAAGCAAAAAACUUUUAAUUUCCAGGAAUCUAAGACCGAGUUCUCGUGGAAGAGAAGUUGAGGAGGAUGCGCACAAUAAUGGCUUUCAUAUCACUUCAAAAGCUAGGGAUUUAAUUGAAGAGUACGAUGAACAUUUACCUGGUAAGAGUUUGCACCUCCAUUCAAAAUUUACUUCUGAUACCGAAAGCCUCUUAAGUGGUAGAGGGUAUAAGAACGAGUCUAUUGAUUGGCCACAGAAAACUGCUCAACCCCGGUUGUCUGUUGAAAAGUUGGAAGCAAGGCCACUUUUACAAAAAAGAAUGAUUGUCAAUCAGGACUUGAAGGACAAAUAUGAUGGUAUUGUUAGGCAUGAAAGCUAUGGUUUAAGAUCUGAUGUUUCUUGUGAAGAGUCUCAAGAUGCUGUUCUUGGAGAUGAGUUGGCAGGGCUCAUUUUCAUGUGUAACGAUCAACAGAGGGUUAAUUGUUUUAAGUACAAGGUGUUUGGUAUGCCCAAAGCAAAGUUGAGACUUUUAGACCAUGUAAAGCCAGGUACUAAGUUGUUUCUCUUUGAGUAUGAAUCUAGACAGCUUUGGGGCAUAUUUGAGGCUGCUUCUUAUCCUGGAAUUGAGCUUGAGAAUGAUGCCUUUAGAGGAUCUGAAGUUGACUUCCCCUUACAGGUCAGAUUUUCUAUCUACAAACUGUGUGAUCCACUUACGGAGAAGCAAUUCAAGGAAGCUAUUAAAGAAAACUACUUCUCUAUGAGAAAAUUUCAUUGGGAUUUGAAUGCAGAACAGGUAUCUAAGUUGGCUCAAUUAUUUCUCUCGAAUUUACCCCCUGUCUCAAGGGAAGCUUUACAUAUCACUAAAGCUGUUCUACCACCCUCUGUUUCAAGGGCAACUUUGCAUGCCUUUAGUUUUCAAGAACAAGAAAGUUUACCUGACAGCAUAUAUGACAAGGCUUCCCUUGAGGAAAGGGCCAUUGUGGGACAAACUAGAAGAGAAAUUUUAUGUGGAGAUAAUAGCCUUAGAAAGUUAACUGCUUCAGCAACCUCUAAGCUUGGGCAAAAAGAUUAUAGAUUAAGAAAUUUAUCUGAAGACUUGGAAUUUGAGGAUGUUGAUGGAGGAUCAUCUACAACAAGUGGACGCUAUAUGAGUGUCAGAGAGCAUGUGUUGAAAGAUCUAACAAAAUUGAAGAGGGGGCAUUUGAAAGAUUUAAACAAAUUCAACGAUGACUGGCUUAAUCAUAAGGUAGAUGUCAGCGGUGAAGAAGGAAGGAAUGACUACUGCCGCAAUGAACUAGAUGCAGAGCAUUUUAAAGACAACCCAUCCUAUGGUUUGGUAGGUUAUCCCCAUAAUGAUGUUCUGCAAGGCCCUGUGGAUGCUGCAUAUUUGGGUUUGAAUGAAAAGGGUUCAUUUGGAAGAAGUUUUGAUUCAGUACCAGCAUUCUCUACGAAGGGUGCAGAUCCAUUAAAAAAUAGUCUCCAAGAAAGCAAUGGAAGAAGUGUAAAACAUGUUUAUCAUGCAGCAAGAGAUUUGGACAAUAUUGUAUAUCCAAGUUUGGCUAUGUCAGUUAAGGGGCACUCUGCAGAGAGUGUAAGAGGUACGCAUAUUGAUCUUGUAAAUGCUCGUUAUAAUGAUCGAAUUGCUUUGGAAAAUGAAAUGGAACAGUUCAAUGACCUUGGGAAACAGUUAGAACCCAGUGGAUCCAGCUAUCAUGAUGCUCUAUCAUCUGUCAGUCUGGGUAUGUUGGACAAGAAUUACCUUGAUGCAGAGAGACCACUAAUUAGCCAGAAAAGCUUGUUGACAUCUAAAUCUAAUAAAGAAGUCCAUCGAGUGGCUACUCCAAAGUAUGAAUCUCAGAAGUUUCAGCAGUUAAGUUGUCAUGAUGCAACUGGUGAUAUGACUGUAGUUAAAAGGAAUUUCUCUGCCAUGGCUAAUGAUAGUAUGGAUUGUUUGUCGACCAGGGUCGUUGACAGCUUGGGGAAAAUAAGAGUUACAGCAAAGAAUGAUUCCCCACUGAUAGAAUCAGUGCAUGACAAUGGAAGAAUACAUAGAUUAGAUGGGGAUGAGAGGAGUCAAUUUAAGGAGAAUCUUCUUGUUUCAGCUUCUAACUUGGAAAUCAAGCCUUCUGUAAGAAAAACUGCAGUGUCUCCAAAAAGCAUAAAUAACGCAACUCUUUCAAACUCAUUGUUAAAAGCAGAAGCCACUGGAACUAAUCAACAGAAGAAACUUACUGUAUGGUCUCGCUUGUCUGCACCAGUUUCAACUACAUACAAUACCAUGAGAUCCAGAAGCUUAAGCUUAGAAGACAAGACCAUGAGAUCCAGAAGCUUGAGCUUAGAAGAAGUGAAGCAUACUGAUGAAAUUCUUUCAGAACAAGAUUAUGAGACAGACACUACUAGAGAAGAGGAUUACUAUAGUCCUAAUGAAUUUGAAGAUAUUGACACACCCAAAGAAGAAUUUGUUAUUGAUUUCAAGCGAAGAAAAAACAUUCAUGGAUCUGAACAACAUACAAAGUCAGAAGUGGGAACAGAUGAAGUGUCAAAAGACACCUCACGGGAAAAUAACAUGCAAAAUGAAUUUGAUGCUCAGAAAAAGAGGAGGCGUCUAAUCCGUCCUGUUUUUUCUCCCAGUAAUGCUAAAGGCACGUUGGCUUCUAAUGCACUGGAUGAGAAGCAACAAAAUGCUUCUGUAACCACCGUGAAAGUAGAUGGUACUGAUCCUAAGAAAUAGAUGCCAUGAGCAUCUGAACAUGGGCAGCUAUGCACAGUUCCUAGUAAAGGUGGCUUGUUUAUGAGUGCAUUGAUUAAUCCCAGUUCAAGCAAAUAAAUAUUUUAUUCAAGGGUAUGUGCUGAUUGAAGCACGUCAAUGCCAUAAAAGGGCAAUAUACCACAUUAAUUUAAAAUGGUAAUUACUAUUUGCCUUCUGUUAAAGUUGAAUUUUUAACAUUACUUCUACCCAGCAAUACUUUUCAAUCUGUCUACUAAGGGAGUUUAAUUCUCUCUGUAUAGUUUUAAGAACAGAUGACUGAAGAAUAUGAGAUCAUCUUUCUUGAAAUUGUGAAGGAAAAUGCUGCAUGUCAGCAAAGCCUAUAGUGGCAGUCAUUUAGCUCUACAUCUGCUCCUAUACGUCAUUUGGUCUAUAAUCAUUUACAGAUUGGACUAAUGUUAAAAACUGGAUUCCUUCUGUGGGGCUGGAUAGACAAGUACCUUUUGAAACAAAGAGUAAUCAUCUGUGUUAUCAUAAAGAUCUAGAGCGCUAUAUUGCAUUCUGUGCAGGCUCUAAGAUGAUUAUACCUGCAAUAUUCUGGUAAAAGACUGCUCAUGUUCUGAACUAUGCAACUAUGCUUGUCAUAGUAAUUGUACAGUCAACCUUGCGAAUUUCAAAUCAAACAAAUUCCCCUAGACUAUUUGCAUGAACUUAAUGUCCUUGGAGUGGGUGAAAUAUGGAUCUAGCACUGUAAUCAUCUGCUGAUUUUUAUACUGAGAAUCAACGGGUCUUUGAAUAUUA